AUGUUUGAGGGUCCCAAGAAUGAGACUAGCAGCGAGGACCUCCCAUUAGACCUCCCCCCGCUGGUGCGCACUGUGACUGGAUUUCAGCCAGAGGGCAUCCACUUGACGCAAUGGACGCAGAACAGCGUUCUGGUGUCGUGGCAGACCGGCGAGCCCCUGAUCGCCAACAACACCACCCCGCCGCCUCCGUACGACCCAGCCACUGUGAGGUCGGUGGUGCGGUGGGGCACCCUCAGCGGCAACCUGACUGAAGUGGAGGAGCAGGAUCACCGGCUGGUGUACAGCUACGUGUAUGGGCCAGCCUCGGGCAACACCACCUACCAGUCCCCCAUCCUGCACCACGUGCUGCUGCGCGACCUGGACCCAGACACCACCUACCACUACGCAGUCGGCGACGAGGCCCACGGCUUCAGCGAGGAGCUCAGCUUCCGCACACUGGGCGGCUACCCGCUGAGGAUUGGCGUCAUCGGAGACCUGGGGGAGACGUACAACUCCACUGAGACGCUGGCAGGGCUGACAGAUGCCGAGCCGGACGUCGUGCUGCUGGUCGGCGACUUCACCUACGCAAACGACCACAUGAGCGGGGAUGCGGGGGACAAGGGCGUCAAGCUGGGCGCCAACGUGUCGCAGUCGUCCUCGGAGCAGCCGCGGUGGGAUGGAUGGGCGCGCAUGAUGCAGCCGCUGCUGGCGCGGGCGCCGCUUAUGGCCACAGGCGGCAACCACGAGAUCGAGCAGCUGCUGCUGGACAACAACGCAACCUUCACCGCCGUCAACGCGCGCUACCCGGUGCCCCAGGACCCAGACUCUGAGACCCUCAUGACUGGCCCCAACUACGGAGCCUACUACCUCAACCAGUCCGCCUGGUUCACCAGCAACCACUCGCAGUUCAAGAACGAGAGCGGCUUUGCGACUCAGAGCGGCUACUUUUCUCUGGAUCUGCCGGGGGUGCACAUCAUAUCGCUGCACAGCUAUGUGAGGCGCAACUGA